CGGUAAAGAGUUUAUUCUGACAUUACGAAUGUCUCUUUUUUAUUUGGGUGAAUAUUUGAGUGUUGUUUAUUAAACAAACGGUAUAAGUUAAACUGUAUGUUUGUUUUAACCAACUGUUUGGAAAACUUUCGCACUUGUGUGUGUGUGUGUGUUUGUGGGGGCUGUAGUUCACAAAGUUUCUCGUGGCGUGACCAAAGUGGCAUGAAGGAGCUUAUCACUUUCCUAAAACUUUCAAACAGAAUGUCAAGGAAUUAAAAUGAUUGUAUUUAUAUUAUCCUCUAAAAUAUAGACCUUUUGUGAAUAAAUGUGUAUUAAUUUUACUUCUAUUAAAAAUCCUGCUUUCUCUCAAAUUUUAUGCACAUUAUAUUUUAACUUUCCUUUUUUUAAUACAACUUUCUUUAACAAAAUUUGCAAGGUUUAUGGGAAACAAUAGGAAUACACAACUUAUGUAUGUGUCUAUUUACAAAGUUAUAUAUUUGUGUUAAUAUUAUAUGCAACACGACUGACAUUUGAGUGACACUGUAAAGUGUUUGUAUUUGGAGUUGUUGCCGGUUAUUGCAAAGUUGUGCAUCUGUGGUAAGGUUGCCAGUUAAUUUGGUUUUACAAUCACUUUCACAUUAGUGUGUCAUUAGUAAGUUUAAGUGGGUGGAAACAAGUCUUUAUCUUUAAAACUAUCAGAUAAAAAUCACCCACACUUCACUCAAAUGUGCGGUACUGAGGCGUAACCUGUAUCUGAUUGUUGUGAUACAAAAUCCCAUGUUGGUUCCAGUAGAUGAGUUACACUGUUUCCUGUAAACUCUGAAACCUGCCACACUCGGGCAGUCUGGAAAUGAUAUGCUCUCUCUCUCUCUCUGUUUCCCUCUCUCUCUCUCUGAAAGCAUUCGUUCUUGUCGGUAAAAGUUUCUUAAUGACAAAGCCCGUGCAAGAAAAUGCGGCUCAUCAUUUAGAGAACAGAACAGAAACUCACAACUGUAAACAGAGUUUCAGAUACAGUCAACAGAGAAUGUCAGCUUUAUCAUUGUUAGGUUUCGGCAGUCAUAAUUGCAUAAAUGUCUAUUUGUCUCAUUUUUUGAGAUAUGGAGUUUAAAUCAUUUUUUUUGUGCAACAAUUUGUAAUUAUACAUACAUAACACACAUACAUGACAUUGGAAAAAACAAAAUCUCCUUGGAAUAUUAUUAUUUAAUUCCUUGUGCAUUGCAAAAAAUUCAUUCUAGCACUCCAUUCAGCAGUUUACUAGAUUCAGUCUGAAAACAGAAGAAUAAGAUCCACAUGAGUUGUCUGAUAAGGCGCGUUUGAAGUGAUUGAAAAGCUUGAGGUGUAUUUGAAAUGUAAAUGACUCCACAUCUGUGAGCUCUUUGGAGAGAAGCAAUAGAUCAGCGCUGUAUAGUCAAGAACUUUACGGCUGACAAAUGAAUUUGGGCCUCGGUGGAGGGAGAAAGCAGCAGUGGGGGUCUUCCAUUUGUUCUUCGUGGCUUCUGAGUUUGCACAACUUCUUUUGGGCUAACUUCUUGGCGCAUUGAGAUUUGCCACUUGUGUCGCAGAUUCAUGUGGUGUUGAAUAAGAAACACGUAGAGAAAAUAAAUUGUAGAGGACUUUUAGUGACUGAGAUAGAGAAUGGAUCAAGCUAGAAUACUAAAUGGAAGUUUUUGCUUGCAAAACUGCUACGAGACAUUUUAAAACUUUUCCUUUCGUGUUUGAAACAUGAUUAUUUUGCUUUUUGAUUGCUGCUGUGUACGUUUUUAUUGCUUCAAAGUAAAAAAGAAAAAAACUAAAUGUAGAAGUUCCAUGUGGAAAUGAAAAUACAGCAUUUAAAGUGUUUUUACAAAGUGACAUGGUAAAGACUUAUUUGGAUAUGAAUUUUUAACUUUGAUCAAAUUACAGAGUAGUUUUGUUUUCCUAUGUGUGCAUGCAAUAGAUUUCGUAUCUCCGUAGCUGGUUUUAUUUUUAAGUGACACAUGAAUUGCUUUAUAGAAAUUCCUUUUUGUUUUUUGGUGAAGAGACUCUCACUAGCGGUUAGAAAGAUGGAGACAAGAAACUUCAUUUUUUUCGCAAACGCCUGAAGAAAUGCCAGUGUUUAUAAAGAGACAGGCCUUAAUAAUUGGUAGCCAUAAAAACUUUUUUUAUCACGUAUUGCUAUUUUUUCCUUCAUAUUUUCAAGAUUUAUAAAGGCGCAGUUUAUAGAGGUUGCACUUUGUCUCGUGUGCUUUUCAUUUUAGUUUUUGAGGGGACUGAAUGAUCUGAAUGUCACUUCUGAUGUGUAGUGUAGUUAAUGUAUUCUACCACACGAAAGCAUUGUCAUUGUUUUCCAGGACAUACUUACCCCAAAAGGGGCAUUUUAGGGUAAGAGGUUAGUCACCUGGGGUUGCAGUAUUAAUCUACUAUUAAGUGCUUUGAAUUUAUGCAUUUGAUUUAUUUAUUUUAUUUACUUGUCUGUCUUUUGGGAAUAAAACACAAAGACUUUUAAACUGUUGUGUCAUUGCAAGCUCUUUAAUCCUGUAAUGCAAUACAGCUUCUAUUUGUCUUUUUCAUUUUAUAUUUUUCAAUACGUAAUUUUUUAAUAACUUUCAAACCUUGAUCUGCACAAGCAGCGACUGUAUUUAACAUCUCCCACAGAUAAGCAAAGGUUUAGGUUACAACUCUGACUCUGUCAAAGCAGUUUGACAUCACUUGUUAGGCUAAUUAUGUGGCAUGUAAUAUUUUAGUGGUUAGCAUACAUCUGGUAAAGUUUGGUGGUGACUGAAAACUCUCUGUCUUCCCAGUAGAGGGAUACUGUAGGUUGCACUACAAGAAAUGAUAAAAGUUCCCCCUAAAUCUUCAUUCUUACUCAUUAGAGGAAUAAAAACCUAAUAUUUUGGUUGUGUAUGAAUGUGAAUGAUUGAACUUUUGUAGGUCGAACGUGUUAAGAUUGAGUGUGGUUAUCGUUUACAGUUAGCCAUCCCUUUUAGGUUAGCUUUUGAUAUGUCCUGGCUAUUUUGAGCCUACAUUAGCAAACCACUAUGUUAUUUUCUGAAACAACAUCAACAACACUCAUGUCUUGUCAGCCUGAAAGCUCCAUCCUUAUUCGUGCUGUCCUUCAUUUGCUACUCCUUGAAACUUUCUGAAAGUUUCCUUUUAAAUCCUCUAGCAGUUGCCCACUUCCUAUCCUCCUCGCUCCGACGUGCCCAGUUUAGUCCGUCCGCCAGUCCUCCUUCGAGCUCCUUGCGCCGGCCCCUUUGGAACUUUGAUGAGUCAGUUUAGCCUUCUUUUCUUUCUUUUCCUUUCUAUCGUGGUGUGUGUUCUCUUACCUCGCAAACAGGUUUUCGUUUUUCUUUAUUUGUCUAUUUUUUUCCUUUCCACCUCAUGGUGGUUGAACGUUCUCCAUCUGUGUGGUCUGGAGGCUGGUGCAAUUGACUAUUGCUAACCUGAGACAGGUCGGACAGAAUGGGUCGAAGAAAAGUGAUCACAAAAAGCUGUGUGGUGUGGUCACCCCUCGCACCCAGGAUCAUCUGCACCUGUGAGGUCUUCUGAGAAGAGGAAGUACAGGACGGCACGUUUCAUAAACGGCACGCAUGAAGACAAGACAACGCAAGUAAACUCUGUGAACGCGGCAGGAGAAAAUGGAAUGAUUCCCAGGUCAGAAUGGAUGUGGAAUAAAGGAUACCUCAAAGGAAAAGGGCUCCUCAGGGAAGCAACUUUGGAUACUCUGUCAGCUGUUAUCUGCCUCUCUGUUGGAACUGAGUGUGAUAAUGCUAUAACCCAAUGCUUAACAGAGAUAUGGUGCGGAAAAAGAAUCCCCCUUUGAGAAGUUUCGGUGGUGAGGAAGAGGACGGAGAGGCUGUGGCGGCGGAGGCCACGGGCCCAGAAACCGGAAACGGCGGGAGCCAGGCGUCUGAGCCCGACGGGCCAGUGAGUGAAGAGCGGGAAGAGCCGUCCUCCCCUGGACCUAUCAAACCAGACAGGCCUGACUUCUCCAACCAUAAACAGGUAGGCGCAGAGACCGGGCUGCUGGACUCCACUACUUCCCCGAUGCACUCCGAACCAGAUGAAGGAGGGGACCCAGCACAUUUAAUGGCUGGAGACGGAAAGGAUGACCUAAAUGGUCUGAGGCCUGCCACACGGUUUGGCUGCGUUAUCAUACAGGGCUGCAACAGUAAUGGAGAUGAAAAAGACCUUGACCAUAGCCCACUGGGUUCUCUCAGCCCUCAUGGAGUAAGUGUAGAGGGCUCCAAACUCCCUCCCGUUACCCUUCAUCCUCAGAGGCCCAUAGGGGGAGUGGAGGAGGCCCCUAGUCCACUGGGAGCUGAGACUGGGGCUCCUCCAUCCACCUCACCCAAACUGCAAGACUUUAAGUGCAACAUCUGUGGCUACGGUUACUACGGUAAUGACCCCACAGACCUGAUCAAACACUUUCGCAAGUACCACCUAGGCCUGCACAACCGGACUCGACAGGACGCAGAGCUGGACAAUAAGAUCCUCGCCCUACACAACAUGGUGCAGUUCACAGCCCAAACACAGCCCAAAGAUUCGGCGCGGCUCCUCGGCCAAUCAGCUCAGAGCGGCUCUGCGGCAGAAGCGGGGUCACCCAGGUCUUCCGUACUCAAUGGCACCUAUGACGUACAGGUGACAUUAGCAGGCACCUUCAUCGGAAUCGGGAGGAAGACGCAGGACUGUCAGGGCAACACCAAGUAUUUUCGAUGCAAGUUCUGUAACUUUACCUACAUGGGAAGCUCCUCGGUAGACCUCGAGCAGCAUUUCCUAGCCACCCACCCCAACAAGAUGAAGAGUCCACCUCCAUUCAUUCUUGAGGAGACGCCCUCUGAGAGGAAGAGGAACUGCAUACCCCGCAUUGGGAUGGAUGAGCAAGGGAAGUGGGCCGAUCGGGUGGCAGUGAGGGCGGAGGAUGACACUGUGGUUGGGUACUCUGUGCCAAUCAGGGCGUCGGACUCUCCUAGCCAUGCUGGAGGUGACACACCAGCAGCGUAUUACUGGUGCAAAUAUUGCAGCUUUAGUUGCGAAGCCAUCAACUCCUCAAGACUUCUGGAGCACUAUGAGAAAAAACACGGUCAGGGUGCCGUCAGGGAGGGAAGUCCGGGAGACGGGGACAGAAAGGCCCGCGAUGCAGAUUUCCACAUACGGAAGAAGGAAAACCAGAGUGGGAAGACUGUAACGGCAGGAGACCCAGAAACUGUAGUAACUAGUUACAACUGCCAGUUCUGCGACUUCCGUUACUCUAUGACUCACGGCCCGGACGUGAUUGUUGUGGCUCCGCUACUGCAUCACUACCAGCGAGCUCACAGCAUUCACAAGUGCACCAUCAAGCAUUGUCCCUUCUGCCCGCGAGGGCUCUGCACUCCCGAUAAGCACCUGGGGGAGAUCUCAUACCCCUUUGCUUGCCGCAAGAGCUCGUGUUCGCACUGCGCUCUGCUUUUGCUACAGCUGACAGCUGGGGGGACCGCUGCCCCGUCCCCACCGGCCCCCAGGGGGUCCGUCACUCACCUGUGUGAUCAGUGCCCGUUCACCUCAACUGAUAUUGACUUGCUUCUGUUGCACUAUGACAGCGCCCACGCCCCUCACAACUUACUGGAAGUCAAACCAGAGGAAGAGGGAUCAGGGGAUGGUGGGGUGGGGCAACCACGGGAUCAUCCAGGAGAGUACACCUGCACUAAGUGCCAUUUCUUUACGGAAGUGGAGGAGGAGAUCUUUCGUCACUACAGGAGGGUUCACGGCUGCUGUCGUUGCCGGCAUUGUAGUUUCACUGCCACGGACACCACAGCACUGCUGGACCACUUCAAUGCCGCCCACUGCCAGGACUCGGCUGACCCUGCCUCUGCCCCUGCCAACGGCUGCUCUGCCCCCUCAACCCUUCGCAUCAAAGAGGAGAGCAAAGGUGAUCUGAAACUCUAUAGCCUGGUACCUCCAGAGGCCAGCAGAGCCGAACCGCCGCCGAGCUCAGAGGGUGUGAAGAGCGAGACCCAGGACGAGAAAGAAAAGGCCUGGGUUGAAGCUCUAAGCGGCGGAGUCCGAGGCGGGGAGCAACAUGUGCAAAGCCUGUUGUGGGUGCCUAAAGAACGUGCAGGAGAGAUUCUUAGAGGCAGCCCGACCCCGUUCCCCCACGCACCGCUGGGUCUGCUGAACACAGUGGCACCCGGGGGAAAAGACCAGCAGAAGGGGGCCACCAUGAUUAGGGACUCAUCGGGGAUGCUGUACAGCCUCAGCACAGAUGCUAAAAGUUACCUUCCUGGGACGCCACCGAGCGGCGGAGAGAAAGGUGGGCAGCAGUACCCAACAUCUACCGAGGGCAAGAAUGCCAAGGAAGAGUCCCAGUCACUUUUACGGAGACGACGGGGCUCGGGGGUCUUCUGCGCCAACUGUCUGACCACCAAGACCUCACUGUGGCGGAAGAAUGCCAACGGCGGCUACGUGUGCAACGCGUGUGGCCUGUAUCAGAAGCUGCACUCGACCCCCCGGCCGCUGAACAUCAUCAAACAAAACAACGGCGAGCAGAUCAUCCGUCGACGGACACGGAAGCGCCUGAACCCCGACCCUGUACCGUCUGAGCAGGUCGGGUCAAAGCAGCAGCGCGUGAACAGUGAGGAGCGUCUCAACGGUAGUCCUUUAGAGAGAAGGACUGAGGAGGCAGGAUCCGAUGGGUCUUUAUCACGCGCCGAGGUCCAAGCUCAGCUGGGCAAGUACGACGGUUACGGGCCCUCUGGACCCAAAAGUCACCCCAGUCCCCGAUCCACACACGCCUUCCUUGUCAACCAGACGCUGGAGAUCCAUAAGCGUAUGCCGCCCCUGCAUAUGCACAAAAGUCCCGCAGACGGAGGGGCAGAGGCUAACGGGCCCCAAAGCGUGGAUGGCAAGGGUGGCUCAGAGCGUGGCAGCCCUAUCGAAAAGUACAUGCGUCCUUCAAAACAGGCCAGCUACUCUCCCCCUGGAAGCCCUAUCGAAAAGUAUCAGUACCCUUUCUUCAACCUUCCGUUCCUUCACACCGACCUGCAAAACGAAGCGGACUGGUUGCGUUUCUGGACUAAGUACAAGAUGCCCGUGCCAGGAAACCCGGGUCACUACCUAGGCCACGUGCCUGGCCUACCAAAUCCGUGCCAAAGCUUUGUGCCUUACCCCACCUUCAGUUUACCGCCUCAUUUUCCACCACCGCCCCCCGCCGGACCCGAGAGCGACACGCCUCUCGACCUGGCCAUCAAACAUUCCAAACCCAGUCCGACACCCAACGGGGCUCUCGUUGCCAAGGAAAAGGUCACGGGCGAGAAACGAGCCUCACCGGUCCCGGAAAAGGAGAAAGAGACGGAACGGACAGAGGACGUAGACGAGGACAGUUCCGCUUCCCAAGUCCCCGGGAAACCGGGAAAGGUCGAUCAGGCCACGCAAGACGAUCUUUCCAGCAAAUGUGCCCACUGUGGCAUCGUCUUCCUGGAUGAGGUCAUGUUCGCCCUACACAUGAGUUGCCAUGGUGACGGUGGGCCAUUCCAGUGCAGUAUCUGCCUGCAUGCCUGCGCUGAUAAGUACGAUUUCACAACACACAUCCAGCGAGGUCUCCACCGGGCAGCCCCUGAGGCAAACAGCAGCCCCUCCAACCAGUGAGCUCUACGGCCUAGUUUACUUGCAGUCCUAGCACAACUAGAGCAGUGAGGAAACCCAAUAGGAGACUCAGCAAUGUACUUUUGUGCCAAGAUGGAUCACGGUGCCUAAGCAGCCAAUGUUCGAAACUUCAUAGCAUAGCAUUUCUGUGGACCCUUACACACACAGACAUGGACAAAAAAAUCAAUUACCCAGUUCUACUUUGAAUUAACAAGAACUGCUUUUGAAGAAAAUCGGUACCAGUAGCUAUUCAAUCUAGAUAUAUUUUCUUUAAUCCAGCUAUGUAGUUUUGACAAGGCAGUUCAGCAAGCAAGGUACGCCUAAUCAAAUGUAAUUAUUGUUUGUUUGUUUGUUGUGUAUAUUCACAGAUUUAUGGAAAGUUCUCUUACCUGAUAUAAACGAGGAUGUUUCUGUAUGUGUGGCUCAGUGUAGGAAAACGUGACAGUCGUCUGUCACUAUGGCAACGGCAUAAAUGGCCGUUGUCCUCAAACAUCCAGCAUCCUCAGGGAGUGUGUAUGGCUGAAAUAGACAACUUUUAGUUUAGUCUUACUGUCUCUAGUUAACAUUAUACUAAAUGUCUUAUGUUUUAAUAUUUGGUUUCGUUAGUUAAGAGAUAUAACUCGAGUCACAGAAUUCCAUCGAAACUUUUAAGCUGCUGCAUUAGUUGCUGGGAUGCAAUUCUUAUUACUCUAGGAAUUUGGGAAGGAUUAAAACAAAUAUUUUUGUCUAGGUUGUUAAUAAUAAAUCAUAUUAUCAGUGCCUGAUAUAUUGUACAAAGUAUUUUCUACAUGAAAUGUUGAUAUGCAACAUUGCAUCCGAAUAAGGGCCCGAGCUCGGCUCUGAAAAACGUUUACAUUUGCAAAUGUAGCAAACGACGUAAUGAAGCAACACCUGCUAUUUUGAACUUUUUUCCAGGAAAACAGUAAGACGUUAUCAAAUUUUAAUUUCCUUUCCUCCAAAGGUGGGACAUUAAACUUUUUUUAAUCUUUGGCCACCAAAGGGCACUAUUCAUUCCAGGCAUCGUCUAUUUUUGUUGCCUCUCCGUAUCGUGUACUUGCGCUUUUUACUGGAUGAAGUAGCUUGUUUUAUUGGACUGAAGUCUUCCUGUAUUUUUUCCUCUGCUCUCCUCAUACUUAACCAUUUCAAGGGAAGCUAAUUUUUUUGGACAUUUGUAGGAGCCAGAGCUCUAACAAUAUAAACUCAACAUACUCCACCUCUAAUUCUCAGAGCGGUUUUCAAUAUAGCAUUUUCUUGAAAUUGAAAACGCCUUUGAAUUUGUCGAUCAUUUCGUUCGGUGUAGUGUUGAUGAAAUAAUUGCAGGUGUUUCUGGUGCCUUUCAAUGGCGGUUGUCUCAAAGAGACAUAACAUUGUUAUUUAUAGUCUUAGCUUCACCCAGCUGUACUUUGCUUUAUGCUCCUUUGUCGUGUGGAUGACCGUCCACCUGAACAACUGAAGAAACGUGUCUAUUUUUAAAUAAUAAUCUCUAAUUCCAAACAUAAUUUAUCAAGUCAACAGCUUGGUAUACUACAAAGCCGUUUAUAUAUAUUUUUUACACUUUUCCAUUUUGUUUUAAUGGAAGGAAAGAAAACAUGUUUUUACUGAACAUCCAUUUUGUCAGAUUCCGGGUUUGUUUGCAUUUUUAUGUUAUGUUUGUCCCACGUACUUGCUUCUUUCAUGGCAAUACUGUAGAUUCAGUGAGUUGGGCUUAUAGUCUGAUUUCAUACAGACAUUAUUUAUAUGAACUGGGGAAAGGGGAGAGAUUCAGGCUCAACGUGUCAAAUUAGCUUUUUCUGUGUUUCUCAGAAACUAGCCUUACAAAGCUGCUUAACUGCAAAUGCCUCUUGAAAAAUAACUGAAAUUGUCGCUUUUCACCAGACCAUUUAUAUAGUUGGGUAUUGAAUAACAUAAGGAGUUUUUUAUUUUUUAUUAAUUUUUUCUUCUCUAAAUGGCGAAAAUGUUAAUGCUUGCACUUCAGUUACUCUGUUUAUUGCAAAGGAAGAAAGAUGAAAUGUGUUUUUAGCAUGCUGAGAACAGGUACUGCAUUAUAAUAAAUGAAAGAUAUCUUGCCUAUUUUUGAAGGUCUUAGCAAUAUUGAAACACAAGGAGUAUUUGAUGGAGCCUGGAAGCUGUUUGGCCAAGGUCAAGGCGCGAAGGGCAUAAAAAUGUAAAUGUUUUAACCAUUAUUCUUAGAACGUUGUUGUUUUUACACGUGCCGCAUUUAAAGUGCAUAGAUGAUGGUUUUGAUUUUUUUUUUCAGCUGCCACCUUAACUAUUUUUGUUUCAUUUCAUUUUUUGUGUUUGGUAGGUUUUUACAUGCAAGAAAGAUUCAACAAAGAUGGCAAAGAUGUCUGUUACAUCUAAACUUGAAUAAUAAUAAUAAUAAUGAUGAUGAUGAUAAUAAUUAAUAAAAUAAUAAAACAUUUUAGCAGUU